AUGUCAAGGAUAAUAAUAACAGAACAAUCCGUGAGGUUUGACACCACUUCUACCCCUUCAGUCGUCACCGUGAACUCUCCUCCAGCCAAAAUAAACGAGAAGACGUUCAACGAUGAUGUCGAACGAGCUCUACAGUCCCCACCUGCUCGAGUACGUCCUGGGCCGAUCCCGUCAGGGAACUCAUCCUUGACCAUGGUCACCGGCUGGGCGGAUGACGUAGAGGCAUCAUCGAGAUCAGAGGGGGGCAUAGUACGGCAUUUCAAGAGAGAUAUAAACACAGCUGGCACCGAGAUACUAUUGAUAGCAUGUGCCUUUAUUUCUGGUGUUAUCGAUAGUGCCGCCUUUAAUGCCUGGGGCAGUUUUGCGAAUAUGCAGACAGGAAACGUUGUAUUUCUUGCCUUAGGGGUCUCAGGCCAACCACCUACUCCUCCGAACAGAUGGGCCAAGUCCCUGCUUGCUAUCGGAGCCUUUGCUAUCGGAGUCCUUUUCUUUAGAUACGCUUCUGCUUUUCUGCGUCCACUUCGACGAUCAACACUAGUUGCCUCUUUUACCCUCCAAACCACUGCAAUUCUCAUAUCCAGCAUCCUUGUACAGACAGGAGUGGUGGACUCAAACAUCGAGGCCUCCACCCACGGAGUCCACUGGAUCCAAGUUCUACCCAUCACCAUCCUGGCCUUCCAGGCUGCCGGCCAAAUCGUCACUUCACGAUUGCUCGGCAUAGAUGAGAUACCGACUAUUGUGUUGACGACGCUGCUAUGUGACUUGCUCAUGGACAAGAAGCUUUUUAGCUUCCGCCCACGAUGGAAACUAACUGACUUCCGCACUCGACGGCUGUUAACCUUACUAGCAGCCUUCUCCGGUGCCAUGCUUUCUGGUGGCUUGUCGAAAGUAGGUGGUUUGUCUGCUUCAUUGUGGCUAGCUACCGGGAUUAAAGCGAUUGUAACCGUGUGCUUUCUCCUAUGGCGAGGUGAAAAGGACGAAGACUUUGACGAUAAUUGA